UUCCCUCCAUCGCCUCUCCAAUCCACCUCUACGAUUCCCUCUCUCUCUCUCUCCCGACCUUACCACCACCGUUACCGCUAUCUCCGAAUAUGUCUUCUUUUAAAUCACUCGUUUCACUUAGCUCCGUCGUUAACGGUGGUUCUAAUAACGGCGUUCCUGGUGAAAUUCAUGUUAUUGUGGGCCCCAUGUUUGCCGGAAAAUCCACCGCGCUCCUCCGCCGCAUCAAAUCCGAGAGCAACAAUGGAAGAAACGUGGCGAUGAUAAAAUCAAGCAAGGAUACGAGAUAUGCGAAAGAUUCAGUUGUGACACACGAUGGAGUGAGGUUCCCUUGUUGGGCUUUGCCAGAUCUCUCUUGUUUUCAAGAGAAAUUCGGAUUUGAUGCUUAUGAGAAGUUGGAUGUAAUUGGGAUCGACGAAGCACAAUUCUUUGGUGACCUUUAUGAAUUUUGCUGUAAGGCGGCUGAAAAGGAUGGGAAAACCAUUGUGAUUGCAGGGCUGGAUGGUGAUUACUUGAGGAGGAGCUUUGGAAGUGUACUGGAUGUGAUACCACUUGCUGAUACUGUAACAAAGUUGACAGCGCGGUGUGAGAUGUGUGGUAAGCGGGCUUUCUUUACAUUGAGGAAGGUAGGGGAGACACAAACAGAAUUAAUUGGUGGAGCUGAAUCAUACAUGCCUGUUUGCCGCCAACAUUAUGUGAAUGGGCAGGCAGUCAUUGGAGCUGCAACACGAACUGUACUCGAAACUGGACACAUUAACAAGGAUAUUACAGUUCCAGAACUUCUGGAACCAACAUGUGUCUCCUCCUAAACUGGUUAAGCAUUUUUGUAUUUGGGAGAGGGUGUUCUUCUAUUAGCCAUCUUGGUUAUUACUGACCCAAUGGUAUGAAUGUAUGAUGAGAUCUUCCAAGUUCAUUGUAUAUAGAAAAUUUGCCAACCAUGUGGUUGUUAAUUAACUACUCCUAGUAGUAACUAGUAAGCAGUUUUAUCACAUGUUAUUUGCUGCUAGAGUUACAUUAGUCUUAAAUUAGUUAAAAUGUAGUUCUCGUUUUAAAUUACUUGAUAAUAAGUUGGGUAUGUGAACUAUUACCAAGUCCUUACUGUUUCAAUUGAAAAAAGUGUUUGUUUUGCCA